AUGAAACAAUUAUUUUGGGGGUUACUUCUGGUGAGCUCAGCAGUCUUGUCACAGGAAAGUACCGGUGACCGAAUCAUAGGCGGCUAUGACUGCAAAUCAAAUUCCCGUCCAUUCCAGGCAGCCAUUGUAACUGGAAAUAAAGGCAAUUGGAGGAUUUAUUGUGGAGCAAGCUUGGUGCACCCAUGUUGGGUGCUGACAGCGGCCCAUUGUAGAGCCAAACAAAGAGUGAAGGUGUGUUUAGGAAAGCACAAUCUAAAAAAGGUUGAACCAACAGAGCAGUGCAUGGAUGUCGCUCAAGCUAUCCCCCAUCCAGAAUACAAUAAAAAGAAAAUGAACAAGGAUUACAUGCUUAUUCGGCUUAAACCCUGUGCCAUAAUAACUAAAGCAGUUAAUGUCACACGGCUGCCUACCCGUUGCCCAAAAGAUGGGCAACGAUGUACUGUUUCGGGCUGGGGCACGAUCAAAUCACCUCAAAACAAACUUCCAGCAAAGAUGCAGUGUGCAAAUGUCAGCAUUGUUCCAUAUAAUCAAUGCAAUAAAGCAUAUUUUGGUAGGAUCACUUCACACAUGUUGUGUGCCGGAGUACCUCAAGGAGGCGUUGACUCUUGCCAGGGUGACUCUGGAGGCCCUCUUGUCUGCAAUGGGCUACUUGAAGGUGUGGUUUCUUGGGGGAAGUCUGUGUGUGCUCAAAAAGGGAAUCCAGGAGUCUAUGCCAAAGUCUGCUGUGUUGUCCCGUGGAUUCAGAACACAAUUAAGAACUGGAUACGCUCUUUCUAUGAUGGAUUUGAAUAG